AUGAAUUUACAAAAUAUUAUAAAGAGCCCUAAUGACAGAUCGUUCCCAGUUAUUAAUAGGCCAGCAUUAUAUGUGAGAGAAGAAUACAAGGACAUUUAUCAUCUAUUGAUCAAUAAUUCAUCAACUGGUUCCUGUCAUAAGUUCAUUGUCACUGGAACAUCAGGUGUAGUCAGAAAUUCUAUUGCUUUGAUAAAGGUGGAAUUGAUGUUGGAAGUUCACAUGACUUCUCAGAUUGCUUCAGAUCUAGUGAAACAUGGUACCUAG